CCAGUAUCCUGCCAGCCCAAUACCCCAACCGACUCAUCUGGCCAAAUACAGACAUAGAGAAACAACGGAAAUUUCGCCGAGGCAUAUAUAUACGCUCUUUCACCGCCGGCGAAGGUUCGCCGGUUUCCGGUUUUCUGAUGGCUGGAAAAUCCUGAAUUUCCCGAUUGAAACCCUAAUUUAUUCCAUCUUGUUUUGUGGAAAUCCCAAUUCUGAUAUCAGAAUAGAAAAAAGGAUGUCGAAUUUGGAUGAGGAAGAGGAAUAUCUAGCUCAAUUUCUCGAAUCUGAGGUCCUCUCCGAAGUCUCCGAUCAGGAUGAAGACACAAAGGACACGGAGAGACCAAUGAAGAGGACGCGUACAGAGGAUAUUUUCAGAGUGACCGAAAAUGAUGCUUGUGGUACCCUUAAAGAUUGCGGGUUGACGGUUGAGUGUUCGAGUUCCAGCAUAAGUGGCGAUAUAAUGGUUGGGAGGAGGAUUGAAACAGGGAUUUUAAGCAAGAUACCUCCUGAGCUAUUUCAGCAUGUUCUCAAGUUCCUGUCUUCUGAAGAUCUCAUUUCAUGUUCACAAGUAUGCAAGUUUUUGAAUAAUGCAGCAGCUGAAGAAUCCCUUUGGCGUCGUUUGUAUUGCAUGCGUUGGGGAUUGUUGCCACAAACAAAGAAUUUACGCGACUGUGCUUGGAAGAAGCUGUAUAUCCAGCGUGAUGAGGAAGAUAUGGUUCAGUCUGUGACGAAUUGUCAGCCUGAGUUUAAAGAGUAUUAUCUUCAAAUGUAUGCAGCUAAGCGAAGUCAAGCUCCACUUCUUUCGCAGGUAAACGACGAUCUUAUCAUUCUUGACAAAACAGUUGCUGAUCAAGUGUUUCUAUGGAAGAGAAAUAAAGGCCUCAGUGAUAUGGUGGUCACAGACCAUACUUGUUCUGGGGAAGUUUGUUCUUACUUUCAAAUUGGGAAUGUCUUCAUUUGUGAAAAGACAGGAAAUGUCCAUGUAUGUGAUGAUACAUGUAAAGAAGCUAUCGCCGAUCCUGCAAAUGAGCUUUUGGUUUGUACUGUAUCUGGACGCUGCUUUGACAGACUACUCUCACCUUCUGAAAUGGCAGGAGAUGGUGACCAGGAGCUACAACAAGAUGUUGUAGCUGAUGAAGCAGAACCAUUCAUGGGAGCUGGUCGUUUUGCACGAGCUUAUCUGUUGGGGUAUAACUGUGAUGAUGAGAAGGAACUUGAAGCUGCCUUGAGGUUUUGCUAGAGACCCAAUAAUAUGUUUUCUACCAUAAUGGUGAAUGCAUCAGAAGCCCCUGUACUUGAGAUGAUGUUAAUUUAUACUUGUACCAUGAAGGUGUUGUAAGUUAGUAACUGCUAUUACUUACUGUAUCACUAAAACUGUAUGUCUGUAUUGUAAUUUGUAAGCUUGUAUUUGAAUUUGAGUAGUAUUUAAAAUUUGAAGUUUGUAAUAAUAGUUCAAUGAAGGUUACUUCUUAUCGGUUUUGGAUC